AUGAUCCUCAAAGAUAUUACUCUCAGACGCUCUCCUAUUCCGCGCAAGGGUCAAGCCGGUCUCAGCGCCGAAGAACAUCUUGUUCUGCACGUAGCAGGUAUCACCCAAGUGAACACCGAGGGAGAGCCAAUCUGGACAGAGGAACUCACUGUAAACGGUCAAGUGCGUCGUCGAGAUAGGUUGCUCGACGUUGAAGAGGACCCGGAUAUUCAGAGGUGGUUGGAAGGGUUACGGAGCGGAAAUGGGCGGAUCCUUCAAACAGAGAAGCGCGCGAAGUUGCCUGCUAGCGACCCAAAGUUGUCGAUGUCGAGGUCAAAUUCUGGUGUACCUCCAGAUGAAGACCAAGGAAAUGAGGAAGGUGGCUCUUCAGCAUACAAUGGCCCCGUAUCAAUUGGCAUUCCGCGGUUUCAAAAAUGGAACAUGAUUUCGGUGAUGACUGGAGUGCUCCCAAAGAAGUCAGAGACGCUGAGAAAAAGACACAAGGCGCGUCGCGAGCUUGUCGAGUGGCUACGGCUCAUGAUUUCAAAAGAUCGAGAUGACUACGCGCCAGACGGCCCGUUACUCGUUGACCAGUUUCCAGAUGAUGGUGCAGAUAUGUGGACACCAGAGUCAACGCCUGGCGCUACCUAUGAAGAACCUAUUCACAUUCAGGAGGAAAGGCCAUCUAGUCCCAUCACUGAAGCCUUUUCUGGAUGGAGCCAAACGUCGCAAAGUAACCCACCUUCACCUAUCAAGAGUGUCAGCGAUGUGGAGGAAGAUCGCGAGUUUCAGGAGCAGAUUCCUGAUCCAACUAUACCGCCAGCACAAGCCUAUCCCUCACAGGCUUCCAGCGAUGGUUUCCUUAGUUUACCAUCAUUCUCACCGUCUCAACUUGCGCCAAAGGAGGAAGCCAGUCUCAGUAACUCUCUCCGCGCCUUGCGAGUCGACGCUGGUACAGGUGAUGGGAAGAACGAGGAAUCAAUUCCACCGUCACUGAGUUCUUUGCUCAAGACUGAAAGCUCGCAAAUCAGUGCCACUCGGAAUAAACGGUCACAAUCAUCGCUCGCGACUGCACAAGCCAGUGCACCUAACGAGGCUGUCCUUUCCUCGAGGAUCCCAGCUGCGCAAAGGAAGCCUACCGGGAGUGACUACUCCUGCGGAUCGCCCUCGUCUAAUUUGACUAAUUCAGAAGACGCAGAUGGCGAGCGAGAGGUAUCUGUAGCACCGAGCCAAUUCAGCCACCUUGGAGCGUCUACAUCCGAUACGGAAACAAUAGAGGAAGAGAAUUUAGAUGCAGAUUCCCCCGACGAGCAGCAUUCGCCUCAACAAGGCUCGUCCAAACACAUUGACUUGAUGCCUCUUGGUCGCAGCAUCUCUCAUCACUCACCAAGCAGACAGAUAGCCGUGCGCCCUAUUACUCCUCCAGAAAGGCUCAAGGAAUUAGGGGACUACCUGACGGCUGACAGUUCUCCGCCAUCUGAUGAAACACCCGCAUUCUCCGUAAAGCCAUCUACGUCGCGACAGGCCCGCAAGCGGACACGGAGAGAGUCAGAGGAGGACAUUGGGACUGCUUCUAGCGUACUGGACAGGGACGAACGACGGCCCUCCAAAAUGCCGCGACAGGUCCUGACAGCCAGCCAGUGGCUGUCACCGGACAGUCUCAAGGCAGCAAUGCAGGCUCGAAAAGCGCAAGCAUCGCAAGCAGAUAGGCCUCAUUCUCGACGAAGAUCAUACGGUGGUGGCUUUGGAGCACUCGACCUCACCGCCCGGCUUCUUCCUGCCUCUAGCUCGACCUCCGGAGCGUCAAGUGAUGCAUCUUCACGAGUGGCCAAGCAGAUUAGAAAGAGACACAUAUAUUGGGUGGCCACGUAUGGCGCAAAACCUCACAACUUGGACCCCGCCCGCUCCGUAUCGUAUUCACCAUAUCCCUCGGUGGACUCUGCGUCGGACUACUCCCCAGAGCCAACCGCAGUAUCCGCUCCGCCAAAGCGACGGGCCCGUGGAUCAAUGACGGCUGAGGAGCGCAGGGAGGCGAGAGCUCACCGAAACAGACUCGCCGCCCAGGCUUCCAGAGACCGAAAGAAGGUCCAGCAUGACCAGCUCUGCCUACGCGUGAGCCAGCUCGAGGAGGAGAACCGUGCCCUUCGACUAGGCAUUUCGGGCUCUUCUGCAUCCAAUGCACUCGACGCUGCCCUCGCAAAGGAAAACGCAGAGCUGCGCGCCCGCGUCCAGCAGCUCGAGCUGGCCUGGCAAAACAUGACCAAGAUCUUGGGCUCCAUGGCCAUUCCGGUUCCUCAAGCUGACCGAUCAGCCGUCAAGUCGCCCGUCCUCAACUUCCCACUGUCCCCAGCUCCGACGUCCGUCUCGUCCUUGUCGGCGUCUGAUGUACCCAUCGAGCCCACUUCGUCCGAGUCUACUCGCGAACUAGCACGCCCUGCAGCGGGUACCUCCUUCGAAGCACUCUUUGAUCCUCAGAUUCUUGUCGGAGCAGAACACACUGGAACAACCACGAUGUAUAAUGUCAAUCAAAAGCCCGCCUCUCCCGUUGUCAACGACCAUCAUGACCAAUGUUCUCUGUUGUUGACCCCUGUCGUCGACAGCGCGGACAAUGGCCUGAUCUCUCUGGAACAUGGGUACAGCGAGAUGGAUCGUCUUCUCGAUCUCUUGCCCUCCACUACCCCAGAGCUUGGUCUCGACGCCGGUCUCGCGUCCGCAAUCUCCAACCCGGACGACUGGAGCUGGCUCAACGAGGCUGCUUUCUGA